GCAUUUUGGCCAUCUGCACACGUGAGUGAUAAAGUCCUUCCUCGCUGUGAAUAAACAUGGUCCCUCCUAAGGCUGUAUCAUUUUCGGGACCUGUCUCCGGAUUUCUUCUGAAGACGGUAUAAUUUUGGGACCUCAUCUCCAGAUCUCUUUUAAGGACUACUGACUCAUUAAGAAAUGACUUACAAAAUGAAGAAAGAACAUGCCUUUUGGGCCACUGUGUGUCUGUUGCUUAGCCUUGUCCCCGAGCUUCUUAAUGCUCUGUCUGAGGAAGCUGAUGACACAGAUUCUGAGCUGCGGCCAAUGAAACCGCUGCAUACAUUUUGUGCAAUGAAGGCAGAAGAUGGUCCAUGCAAAGCAAUGAUAAGGAGUUAUUUUUUCAAUAUGUAUACUCAUCAAUGUGAAGAAUUUAUAUACGGGGGAUGUGAAGGGAACGAGAACCGAUUUGAUACCUUGGAAGAGUGUAAGAAAACAUGCAUACCAGGUUAUAAGAAGACAACUAUAACGACAGCAUCUGGAGCAGAAAGGCCAGAUUUCUGCUUCUUGGAAGAGGACCCUGGACUCUGCCGAGGUUUCAUGAAGAGGUAUUUUUAUAACAACCAGACAAAGCAGUGUGAACGAUUCGUGUACGGCGGUUGCCUGGGUAACAGCAACAACUUUGAAACUUUGGAUGAGUGCAAGAACACCUGUGAGGAUCCAGUGAAUGAGGUACAGAUGAGUGACUACGUAACUGAUCGCAAUAUUGUAACUGAUCGCACUACUGUAAAUAACAUUGUGAUUCCCCAGUCUCCCAAAGUGCCCAGGCGUCGGGCUGCCUUGGUACUAUAUCACCUUUAUGAUAUUUUGAAAAAACUCAUCUUUGGUUAGACUUCAAAAGCCUACUGCUAACUCAAUCUCCAGCACUUGGUCUUUGAGUGAGAAAAGGAGCACUAAGUACUCGGCCAGGGCCGUACUGCUUCAUGCCAGCCUCCAGGUCCAGGGAGAAUGACCAGAGAAGACCCUGUGGCCACUCGAAACUCUUUCCUGACUCUAUCUAACAGAUAACCCAGGGCCAAACUCCACACUCGCAGAAAAUGGUGAGAAUGAAGAAAACACAUGUAAUUAUAUACAUAACCAUUGGACUUCUGGAAGAGGAGUGGUGUUGGCAGAGGAACCAUUCAAUAAUCAAAUGUCAUCACCGAUGUGUUCAUGUUAGAGAACUGCAACAGAAGGCUUUCACCUGUACGUUUUCUUGGAAGAUACUGAUUACGGGCAGAGGAAUUUCACAAUCAUUUAAGUUUUCUGGGAAGAAAAUAUACCCCACCAACUAAGGAAUUGCAUACUUAGAUGCAUACCCCAAGAAGUCACGAGUGCGGUGGGCAGUGCUGUGAACAUCAUCUCGUCAACAAGCACGCACAGUUUGAAACAAAUAUGGUGGGGGCUGGUGAGAUGGCUCAGUGGGUAAGAGCACCCGACUGCUCUUCCGAAGGUCCGGUGUUCAAA